AUGGCGCCGGCUGCAAAGAAGGCUGCUGCGGGGGCUUCUAAGAAGAAGCUCCCGUCAAAUCCAGCGGGGAAGAAUGUGAAGAAGACGACGAAAUCACUGAUCUUUCAGAAGACCCCGCGGAACUUCCGUAUUGGCUGCAAUAUUCAGCCUCGGAGGGAACUAACAAGGUUUGUCAAGUGGCCCAAGUACGUGCUUCUCCAGCGCCAGAGACGGGUUUUGAUGCAGCGACUGAAGGUCCCUCCCGCCAUCAAUCAGUUCAGCCACACGCUGGAUAAGAACCAGACCGGCCAACUAAUGCGCCUUCUUGCCAAGUACAAGCCGGAGACCCGUGGAGAGAAGAAGGCUCGGUUGAUUGAGGAGGGAGAGAAACAGUCUGCUGGUGCUCAGGCAACAAGCAAGAAGCCUGUCAUGCUGAAAUUCGGCCUAAACCAUGUUACCGACCUAAUAGAGAUCAAGAAGGCCAAGCUUGUUGUCAUUGCUCAUGAUGUGGUGCCCAUCGACCUCGUUUGCUGGCUCCCGGCCCUUUGCAGAAAGAAGGACGUCCCUUACUGCAUUGUGAAGGGGAAGGCGCGACUUGGACAGCUCGUCCACAAGAAAGCCUGCGCCGUCAUUGCUGUCGAUUCAGUCAGAAAGGAGGACCAAGCUGAGCUCGAGGCGCAGUGCAAGAACUACCGCGCGAUGUUCAACGACAAUGCCGACCUGAGGAGACGUUGGGGAGGGGGCCAGUUGGGUAUCAAAUCACAGCACGCACAAGAAAAGAAGCAGAAGCUAAUUGAUGCCGAAUUGAGGAAGAAAGCGGGUCUGCAAAUAGCGUAA